CGCCCGCUGCCCGCCCUCCCGGGCCGGCUCUUCCUGCCGCCGCCGCCCGUCCUCCUCGGCGCCCUCGGUUCUCCCCGCCCCCGCCGGGAGGCCCCGGGGCCCGCGUCCCUGCACGUCCCCCGCGAACUGGAGGCGCGGCCCACGCCCGGCUCCCAACCCGGCCGAGCUCGCGGAGCUGACCGCCGGGAGCCGGGUUCGGGUGCGGGGACCUGCGGCUGGAGACGCCGGAGCACAGAGCAAUGCGCUUCAUGCUGCUGUUCAGCCGGCAGGGGAAGCUGCGGCUGCAGAAAUGGUACCUGGCCACCUCGGACAAGGAGAGGAAGAAGAUGGUCCGGGAGCUCAUGCAGGUCGUGCUGGCCCGAAAGCCCAAGAUGUGCAGCUUCCUGGAGUGGAGGGACCUGAAAGUCGUCUACAAGAGGUACGCCAGCCUGUACUUCUGCUGCGCCAUCGAGGGCCAGGACAACGAGCUGAUCACGCUGGAGCUCAUCCACCGCUACGUGGAGCUGCUGGACAAGUACUUCGGCAGCGUGUGCGAGCUGGACAUCAUCUUCAACUUUGAAAAAGCCUACUUCAUCCUGGAUGAGUUUCUGAUGGGCGGCGACGUCCAGGACACCUCCAAGAAGAGCGUGCUCAAGGCCAUCGAGCAGGCCGACCUGCUGCAGGAGGAGGACGAGUCGCCGCGCAGUGUCCUGGAGGAGAUGGGGCUGGCAUAGCCGGCGUGGACAAGGGAACACAGCAGCAGCUGGCGCUGUCCUCGCCCUCCACCGCCCCUGCUGGGCCCAGCUGCUUUCCCUCACGAGGGGCCACCAUCCAGCCCUCCACCCGGACAGACAGACAGCCCUCCACCCAGACAGCCCUCCACCCGGACAGACAGCCCUCCAACCAGACAGACAGACAGCCUUCCCUCCACCCGGACAGACAGACAGCCCUCCACCCAGACAGCCCUCUACCCGGACAGACAGCCCUCCACCCGGACAGCCCUCUACCUGGACAGACAGCCCUCUACCCGGACAGACAGCCCUCCGCCCGGACAGCCCUCUACCCAGACAGACAGCCCUCUGCCUCCGGUUGGAAGACAGGAAGCGCGGCCCGGCCGUGGCUCAGGCCCUCUGUCCUUGGAAGAAGCAGCGCUGCCGGCCUCCGCCUCCCCGCCCCUCGCCGCUGUAAAUACAUGAAUUCGUCAGGUUAAAGGGAAAGGUUCCCAGGGCUCUGCUCUCCCUCCGCCCAAAGCCUACCUCCACCCCGCAGCGGGCGGCCCCCUUCCCACGGCCAGAGCCGGGGCAGCGCCGCAGCUAGGUCCCCUGACCUUGCCGCUUGGAGGGCUUCAGGGGAAGGGCCUGUCUCGGGGACCCGGGCCUGUCCCCUUCCUCCUCCACGACGUGGGUGGGGCCACGUGGCUGCCUUCACUUCCUUCUGAAAUAAAAGGAAAAGGUGUUUCUGGA